AUGGUAAAUAUCAUAAGAUUGCAAAGUGGUGAAAAAGUUAACCGAUGGACAGUUGUUGGAAAACUGGGAGAAGGUGGCUUUGGAUCAGUAUAUAAGGUUUCGAAAGGGAACGAACUUUAUGCUUUAAAAACAGAAAGUUUGAGGGAGAAAAUCAAAUUACUAAAAAUGGAAGUAUAUGUACUCAAGUUAGCAAAUGGACGUAAGAGCAAACAUUUUUGUAUAUGUGAAGAUACAGGUAUUUACAAAACGUGUUUAUAUUUGGUCAUGACACUUCUUGGGUCUUGUUUACAGGAUAUAAGAAAGGAUUUGCCAAAGCAAAAGUUGUCUAUGGGUUGUGCACUAUCUGUUGGAAUUCAGUGCUUAGAAUCUAUCGAAGAACUUCACGCUAUUGGAUUUUUACAUAGAGAUAUUAAGCCAAACAAUUUUGCCACUGGACGAGGAAAGCUAAGUGAAUUAAGACGAAUUUACAUAUUUGAUUUUGGAAUGUGCCGCAGUUACUUGGAUCAACACGGAUUGUUUCGGCCUCCAAGAAAGAUUGUUGGUUUUCGAGGAACUACUCGUUAUGCGUCAUUAUCCUGCCAUAUCCGACGUGAGAUGUGUCGCAAAGAUGAUAUCGAAUCAUGGCUUUAUCAGCAAAUUGAAAUUACACGUGGUGCGCUUCCAUGGCGCUCGUUAGAUGAGAAAAAAGAUGACGUUGCAAUGUACAAAGAGAGAUGUCGUUUUGAAGUUGGCUUACAAGAACUUAUGGGUGGUUGUCCUCGAGAAUAUAUUGAAAUUUUGCGGUACAUUGAUGGCUUACGUUUUUAUGAUAAACCAAAUUAUGACAAAAUUUAUAAACUGAUGCGAAAAGCUUUGGCUUCAUUACGAGUGCAAGAAUUUCCAUAUGAUUGGGAAGGCCAUUAA